AUGGCACGACCUUUGGGUUUCUUCGAGACGCUCACUGAAGUUCCGUUUAAGCAUGAGCUCUCCAAAGCGCACAUUGCUCAGAAUCAGGUGACAGCCUUCUGGAUUUCGAUUGCUUAUGUGGUUGUCAUCUUUUCAAUCAAAGCAGUAAUGGCAAAUCGGAAACCAUUUGACCUGACCGGACCAUUGAACCUGUGGAAUGCGGCGCUCGCGAUUUUCUCAACUCUUGGAUCCCUUGCCACCUCGUAUGGGCUUCUUUAUGAGAUUUACACCCGCGGAUUCUUCGAGAGUUAUAUUCACAUUGGAAGCUUCUACGAAGGCUUGUCCGGAUUGUUCACAUGGCUUUUCGUUCUGAGCAAAGUUGCUGAGUUCGGAGACACGUUGUUCAUUGUCCUCCGCAAAAAGCCUUUGAUGUUCCUUCAUUGGUAUCAUCACGUCCUCACAAUGAACUACGCCUUCAUGUCAUUCGAAGCCAACUUGGGAUUCAACACCUGGAUUACUUGGAUGAACUUCUCCGUUCAUUCAAUUAUGUACGGAUACUACAUGCUUCGCUCAAUGGGUAUCAAGGUGCCUGCUUGGAUCGCAAAGAACAUCACAACAAUGCAAAUCUUGCAAUUCGUCAUCACCCACUUCAUUCUGUUCCAUGUCGGCUAUUUGGCUUCGAUUGGAGCUUCCGUCGAUUCAGAUCCAUUCUACUUCUGGUUCUGUUUGUUGAUGGAGAUCUCCUAUGUGGUGCUCUUCGGAAACUUCUACUAUCACUCGUACAUCAAGGGAGGAGGCAAGAAAUUUGUCGCCGAGAAGAAGAAGGAGUAA